AUGACACACGUAGGAGCGGAAGGCGCAGAAGCUUCUGCCGCGGCGCUGGCUCCACGGCGGAAAAUACGGUUGUUCUCCCCAAUGGGGUCGCUGGUGGCACUCGCACAGGCGUUGCAGGAGGGUGCGGAGCGACUUCAUCUCGGACCUCACGGUUUGUGCACGGUCUCUGUGAGCGUUGAGGGUGAGCUGCGGCUUCUGCGUCCGAGGGCGGAGGAGGUGAUGCAGGCGACGGCAGGGAUGGAUGCAUGGCGGGUGCUUUGGCGCGCGUUUCUUGCGGAUACACCAACUAAGGAAACGAAGGCAUUAACAGGUGCAGACAAUCAGCGUACGCCACAGCUUCCAGACGGUCAGGGUCGGCUACUUAUCACAAGUGCGGCGUUACUGCGUCAUCUUAUCUCCCCUACUGCACAUUACCCAGUCAUUGACUCUCCAUCUUCACAAAUAAAUAGGCUACGACUGGUGCGAGUACUACGUGAGCUGACAACUCCGGGUGCUAUGCGAGACGUUCCCAUCGCGGGAGACGAGGACAGCAGCGACGUGGAACAGCGAGGGGGAAGCGACAUGAUUGGAAGAGUGGUGCGUGCAUCGCUUCGAAGUCUGCAACCAUAUGUUUACGGUGCUGCUGCUUCUGCCGCUUCAAAAGUGAUACCACGGCAUGUGGUGGAGGGAUGCUUUCACUUCACCAUGUGCACAGAAGUUGAGGAUGAUGUGCUGACAACGCUUCGACAACUGCUUAUACGCUUUCUCUGGAGUUCGUCCUUCCCAAAUGAGCAGGUGACCUCUGCUUCCAUCGUGGCUCGGGCACAGGGUGUGCUACUUCACCCCACGUCAUACAUUGUGCCUUGCAAGGGGGACUCUGUGCUUUAUUCCUGCGUGCUGCCAUUUGGCACCUUUCUGCUGCCCACUGUGUCUCCCGAGAUUUCCCCGCACCAUGGCACAGCCACUCCCUUCUUCUCUUUGGAGUACCGGACUGACGAUAAUGAUAGUGAUACUAAUACUGGACAACCCGCGCGGAUCAUGUUGCUGCGCAUCGACGAUCAGGGUGGGUUGCUGGACUUUGCACACUCCAAUAAGAGGAAAAACGCCGACAGUGAGAGUGGUUAUUGCACGAGUGAAGGCAGCAAUGACGGGAGGAGGGUUGUGGAACGUCAGUGGACGACAGCGGAGCAGGAGAAGGCGCAGUUGGAAGCUGCUCGGCUGCUUUACACAUGGGCCAACAAACACGGUGUGACAGCCAUACUCACCCCUUCGCAGGCACCGCCUGUUAUUAAGACAUAUGGACGCCGUUACGGCGUCACGGACAAAACGAGUGAACAACUAAAACAUGGGCGCCCCAUUUUUAUGGUGGACGAGGUGGAUGACGUCGUGUUUGACGCGUUACUACGUCGUUUACAGUAUUGGAGGCACAGCACAAAUGCAGUAAAAAGUGGUGUUCCGGAGACACCAGUUUGUUGUCCCACCGUAGCUCUUUUACGCCGUGGUGGGUUGGUGCUGCCGGAUCUGGCGGAGGAUGCGCUUCUUCCUGUGCGCCGUCUGGUGUACGGACCGUUACGUGCAGUUUGCUCCUCCGCCACUGUGCGGGAGUUUAUGGUGAGUGAGAGCUGUGAGGUGCGAGUGGCACUGCUGGAGUUGGAUCAGAGCGCGCUGUUGGAAAAGGGCAUGAACAGUGCUCAGGGAGUUUGGGGGAUCGGCUCAAUGCUGCUCGUGGGCCCAACGGUGUAUCAGCGCUGCAUGUACACGAAUUUGUUACUCAAGUGCUUGGCGAGCGUGCGAAGGGCCAUGGAUGCAUCACCGUCGGGUGGUGGUACAAGCCCCGAAUGUGGUUUGGGUUUUGUGCGGGCUGGCGGUGCCUUGCCGAUCGCGCUCGCGCGUCAACUGCGCCUCAGUGCAGAGGCGUUGACGCGCCCGCUGCCGCAUGUAGGGGGUGCCCGCGGCAAAGCUGAGGAGGCGGGGUGCCAUUGGUGGGCAACCACAAACAUGCCCGUGGUGGAUGCGGUGCUGCGAAUGCUGGCGGAGGCGGUGCUGGAGGUACCGCGGCGGCUGGCGGCACACCUCAUCGCUCAACAUCGGCCUCUGCGACACGCGUGGCUGCGGCUUGAGAGUGAUGCGGUUGAUCGGGCGACACCUUGUAGCGUGAACUCCAUCAUCGCACGGGAUCCACCACUUCAUGUUUGCAUCCGCGAGGACGUCGCCUUCUACCGUCGCAGCUGUGUACCACCGCUGUGCGACGCGGGCGCCACCAACACCGCGGCACAUUACUUCUGCUGCAGCGAUACGGAAAGCAGUGACGACGACUCGGACGGCGAAGACGCAGGCCAACAGGAGCACGCGCGUCGGCCACCACCCCUCAGUUUCGUUGAGCCGAUUGCAACGACGGCGGAUGUGCUUCGCGGCGCCGUAACACUUCUGCGCUUAACGUUGAUGAGCGACGCGGGGGCGCUCGACCCCGUGGGUAUGUGA